AUGAUUGAAAUGAAACGCUAUUUAAAAAUGGCAUCGAUUGUAAUGGAAAAUAUAACCUUUAAUAAAUUACCACAAAGUCGAACUUUACAUUAUCAUACAAUACUUAGUGUUGCUCCAUUUCCAUAUAUGCCUGAUCUAUGGAAUAGCAAUAAUAAUCAUUUGCUUCAAUUUAUUCAAAAUGAAUUUAAUGCAGCUCAUCCUGGUAUCUAUCUUAUUUUACGUCCAAUGAAUACUCAAGAAGAUUUUUAUAAUCUGACAUUUCUUGAAGAUUUCUUAACGGCCAAUGAUUCAGGAUAUGAUAUAGUCGAAAUUGAUACUGUGGUUUUAGGUGAUCUUGUUGCUGCUGGUCUUAUAACUCCACAAACUUAUCCUAUUUUACCAGAUCAAAUUCCUUCAGAUUGGCAUCCAGCAGCUGGUGCAGCUGUCCAAAUAAAUCAGGCAGUAUACGCUUUUCCUCAUCUUAUGUGUGCCUAUUUUCUUUUUACUCACGGAAAUCCAGCAGAUAAGAGAGAGUUUUUGUCACUAGAAGAACUUGAACGAUAUCUAAAUAAUUCCUAUUAUGUUUAUAAUAUACCUAAUUUAACAUACGGACCACAUCGUCUCGUAGGAAAUCUUAAUUCUAGUUGGGAUAUAAGUGCUAUAUGGAUUGAUAGUCAAAGAGAUAUAUUUCAUUCGACAUUUUAA